ACGCCAAGAUUAGCUGGAACUGUAAACUGGGCCACAGCCACAGUCAUUGGAGUGUUUGCAGGCAUGUUAUAUGGAGGUAGCAAGGAAGCUGCUGCUUCAGUUAGCAAAGAUGCAGAAGUAAUGUUGAAGCUUGGCAGCACUCCAGAUAAACGGGAGCAGUAUCGGUUGAUGCGAGAUGCAAUGGAAAAAAGGUUUCUCCGAGUCACUCGUGGCUCAAUUGUUGGUGGAGUUCGCCUAGGAAUGUUCACUGCUGCAUUCUGUGGUUUACAAAAUUUGUUGGCUGAGAAACGGGGUGUCCAUGAUGUAUUCAAUGUUGUUGGAGCUGGUUCAGCAACUGCUGCAACCUUUGGUCUAAUUAUGCCUGGAUCUCUUCAAUGGCGUGCAAGGAACGUGGUGCUGGGUUCAGUUCUCGGAGCAGCUUUCUGCUUCCCUCUUGGUUGGAUCCACUUGAAGCUUGUAGAGAAAGCAAAUGAAGGGAAUAUAACUGCUAAAGAACCAGGACAAAGGGAAGAAGCAAAGAGUGGUCUGGGGGCCGCCAUUGAGAGGCUUGAAGAAAACUUGAAGAAAUAGAACCAAAAUUAUCAAGGGGCAAACCUUCAAUUUUUCCAUGGAUAGAGAAGACAACAGACAGCAUUAGCUAGGAACUAGAUCUAAUGCUUUUGGCAUGCGUCUCUUUCUUACUUCCUUAUUGGCUCUUUCAUUGUUUUGCAUGGAAUAAAGGGCUGAGGAGAAUGAAAAUGUUAGGCUAUUGUUUGGUUUGAGAAAAUAUUUUCUAUUUUCAUUUUUAGAAAAUAAUUUUUAUUUUCUAUUUUUUGAAUUUUGAAA